AUGUCUUUCCACCACAGUGCCUCAAACAUCCGCGUCGAGGAGGGCCACAUCCUCGUCGCCGACCUCGAGAACGGUGAGUCCAGAAUCAACCUGGACGACUUCAUUGGCAACGACAACGGCAACUUCCAGUGGGGAGGCGUCAACUUCUCUGGAUCCGCCGAGGACAUCCGCUUUGAGCUCGAGGGCGACGGCCAGCCCAUCCUCCGUGCCAGACUCGGCGACGUUGAGGGAAACCUGCACGACCGUGACAUUAACCUCUCCGAGCGCAUUGGCAACGACAAUGGCAACCUCAGCUUCGCUUAG